CAAUGUCAGAGAAGAUAUGAGGAAAAGGAUUACAUUGAAGAAGAAGAGUGAUCCUAGGAAGUUUGCAAUACCUUGUGUAGUACAAGGGAUUGAGUUUCCUCAUGCACUAUGUGACACUGGUUCAUUAGUCAGCAUUUUACCAAAGGUUAUGGCAGACCAUCUGGGUCUGAAAGUAGAGCUUUCACUAGAGAUCUUCACAUUUGUGGACUACACUCAGAAAUAUUCUGGAGGCUUGAUCAGAGACCUGGAAAUGCAGAUUGGUAAUGCCAUUGUCCCUGUGAAUUUUCAUGUCCUAAACAUCAAGUUAAAUUGGAACUCUUUCCUCUUACAUGGAAAAGCAUUUAUGGCUACAGUAGGAGCUAUAUGUGACAUGAACACCAACAGGAUGUGCUUGACUAUGAUAGAUCCAGAUAUCCACUACGACCCUGUCAAACUUGGCAAACCACCAACCAAAACCGUGGAAAAAGAAGAUGAUCUUGGUAUCAUUGCAGUUUUUCAUUGUGAAGUAGAGUAUGAGACAGAGUACUCGGGAUCGAUCGACAACAUCUCUACAUCAUCGAUCGACACCAGCGAGUCAGAAGAGAUCGACACCAACCAUGGACCAUCGAUCGACAGACGCACACCAGAUGAUGAACUCGACUUACCAGAUCAUUGCUAUCCAAAUUUCGCCAUCCCACCCAACAGAAAAGAAGAUGAUUACUCAGUAAGAAGUUGGGCAGAUAGUGGAUUUCAUGAAAGUUUUGCAUUAGAUAUAGCCAGAUCUUCCCAAAGUGAAAACCACAUUGAAGAAUAUGAUGAAGAUUAUUGGGAUGAAAGAGCUUGGGAAAACUACAUGGAGAAUGAUAGAUUUGCAAAUCGUUUCCCCAAAUCGAUCGACAUCCACCGUCCACCAUCGAUCGAUUAUCUACUUCAUCCAGCAAAACGACAUCGUCCAUCGAUCGACAUCGCCAGCAUCACAUCGAUCGAUAUUGAUCCAGACGACUUAAAGGACAAAAUCGGAAUUUCACCGAUUAGGACAACAGAUGGGUAUAUAAGGUUGUCAACACAAGCCACAAAAUUUCAAACUUCAACAACUUUUACCCAGCAGCUUCCAGCAACUAGCAACAUAACCAUGGAGGACUGCAACACCAAGAACAAUCGAUCCAACCAUGGAGCUAGACGAUCACCAUCAAUGGCCACCAUCACUGCACCAUCGAUCGAUGCCCUUACCAGAGCUCAAUCUCGAUUUCAUGAUCCAUAUGAUAUCAGGAAUGUUUCACUAACACCUGAUGAAUUUGGUAUUUUCAGGGACACAGAUGGCUUUGCAAGAGCACUGGAUGGAAGAGUUCUGCACAUAACCAGAGAAGACAUAGCAGACAUCCUUCAAGUUGCCAAUGGACCAGAAAACCUGUUCACACAGCGACGUGGCCAUCCAGACAUCCUAACUCACGUCCAAGACAACCACCACGUCACCAUGAGAGAGGAUACAGUUCCUCAAAGUUUUGGUCAACCUAGGAGUUCACCAUCGGUCGAUAUCGUUUCAUCACCAUCGAUUGACGGCGAGUUACCCAGAUCGAUCGACAGAGCAAGAAUCAGAUUGCCCGACAGACGUUUGGAGUUUGGGCGACGUGCCUUUGAUUCCAACGGAUCCAGAAGAUUCAAAUGGGAAGCAAAGGAUGAAUUUGGUGUCCACAGAGAUGAGUUUGGACAUGCUAGAGGAGUUGAUGGUGAGAUCAUCCCUGUUACCAAGGAGCACAUAAGGAGAAUCCUGGAGAGAGCAUCUAUUUUUCACAGAGGUUGCUUACGCCUUCCAGAACAUACACGCCUUUACCAUGCAUACAGACCACCACCAGUACCCUACAGCAGAGAGGAGAUAGAUGAUAUGGUGACUGAUGUAUGGAGAGCUCAGGCACACCUUGAGGCAGAUUUUCACACAUUGGUAGAAGAUACUUUCCAACCUUUAGAUAGCAGCUAUGAAUCUCUCCAAAGUGAUAUGGCAGUGCUAAGAAUGGAGAUUAAGAGCAUUAGAACCAUGCUUGAGAAGGAAGCUACGCCACAAGUAUCGAUCGACACAACACCUGCACCAUCGAUCGACAUCGGCAAGACUACAUCCAAGGACCAACCAGAAUGUUCAUCACCUAAAAGAGAUGAAUGGGAGAUUGCUUACAUCAAUACACGAAUUGGAGACGUCUACAGCCCUCUCAACAACAAUGUCGAAUGGUUAAGCAAGAGGAUUGAUCUUCUACAGAAAGAGUUGGCAACAAUUCGCGAGAAAAUUCAUGUUCAGAAUGCUACAAUUCCGUCGAACGAUACAAACUCUUCACCAUCGAUCGACACAAGGUUUGCAGCAAUGGAGGAUGGGAUGAAAUCAUACGAGGAAAGGCACGAUCAUUUCAGUUCACCUAUCAUGCGAUACCUGGAUACACUGUCACAACAGCUGAAUGAGUUGCAACAAGACAUUGGCAUAGUUCAAGAUCAUCUUGGUCUUCGUGACAGAAACGCGGCAUCGAUCGACAGGCCUAGACCCAUAUCGAUCGACAUCGGGCCACCACCAGCGAAGAGAGCAUGCACAGCAGCAGAAGUUGAUCACAUCAAACAUGAGCUAUACGAAGCUAUGAAUGCUAUGGAGGAGUGACUCAACGGGGAAGUGAUGACAUUGACGACACUGUCAACGAACGAGUAAACAGCUUAUGCACAGCUACUCGACAGCUGAAGAACGAGAUACGUGCUAUACAGUACCAAGGACAACCUUCAGAAUCGAUCGACAUAGUUAACACUGGAUCGACCGACAGAACGCCCAGCAAAACGACCGACGCACAUGUAGUCGCAUCGAUCGACACCGAUUCCUUGGCACACAGAGUUCGGCAGACUCAUGCCCAGCAUGACACAUUAUAAUAUGAAGAACUGUCUGAGCAUUCAACAUUUGAUUUCUAUCAACAUCAGUUCGACAUGGAAGAUUUAGACAGAAGGUUACAAGUCAUCAAAGCCGAUUUAGUAAAUAUACAUCAAGGAUGUACAAGAUCAGAUGAUGUCACAAGAAGUUUCACUGCUACUGAGUCCAAAGAUGACGGAGACGUUUGCCCACCAGCAAACAACUGCUCCUACCACAACUGAGUGGGAGGCAACCCACUAUUAGGUUUUCUUGUAUUUUCUUUUUAAGUUAUUUUUACAUUUUUACAUUUAUUUUUCGCAUUUAUUUUUGCAGUUUUUAAAGAUCCAAGUAGAAUGAUGAUUCCGUCGAACGACACGUACCAUUCACAUCGCUCGACACCACACGAUCAUUACUAACGAUCAACGUACAUCUCUACGUAUUGAUCGACACCAUGUCGGUCAGGUUUAGUCGUUCUAUCUUAUUACAUUCAGUUCUUAUGAUUUAUUUAUUUACUUCACUCCGGCUGUGUUACACUGAGACAGUGUAAUUUAAGUCUGGGGGGAGUUUACUAAUAUGUGUUUUUAUUUUGGUUUUUAUUUAAAACGUUUUUCAAAAUUAUUUUUCACAUAAGUUUUAAAUGAGAACAUUGAUAUAGAUUUAUAUUUGAUUGUCUAACCACUCUUUAGAACCAUUCUAGAUUUACUGAUUGCAGAUAGUACUAAAGAUGCUAAAGUGGAUCAACCUGUCACCUAUAUACACUAGCUGAUAUUGUUUGAAGGAAGCAAAGCUGACCUCCAACACUAAUACUGACUUUAUUUGCUUGUCUUGGGGCUUGGAAAUCACUGGAUCGGAAUCCUCUUACAAGUCUGGAAGAUUGAAAUGAUUUCUUGAGAGGCAGAGGGGUAGAAGUUUCUCCUGCGACCCCAGUAUUCUAAAUCUCAGGGAUGAUCACACAUUGUGGAAACGAGGGAUAGGUAAAUUACCUGCGACCCCAGUAUUCGCUACACUUUGUCAAAAAUGUACGAGUUACAAAUGCAAAUGUCAGUGAGAUAGACUAGAUGACCUUUGUGGCGUCGAAACCUGUUCAAAUUGAAACUAAUAAGAGAUUCGGAGAAGAGAGAAGAGAGGAGAAAUGGAUCAGAGAAGACUACAUGUGUGUUCAGAUACUUGUUUGAGUUGAAUCCACGUGUCCUUUGAUCGAUACUCCCAAGGUAAAGCAUGCACUUUUAUUUUAUGUUAAGAAAUGAGGUUAGUAGAGGGGAAUGUCAGAUAAGAUUUGCUAAGUUGUGGACUAGAUGAAUUCGGUUGCUAAGAUAGGAUAAGACAUAAUGAACUUCUGUGAUUAAGAUCUUUAGAUAUGAAUUGCAAACCCAUAGAGUGAUGACUUCAAUAUUUUGAAUUUUUGAGUUCCUACUGUUUUCAAACCUUUUCCAAAGACUACUGAUUUUUGCUUGAGGACAAGCAAAGGAGUAAGUCUGGGGGAGUUGAUAUACCAUGGAUUUCACCCAUUUUCUACCAUGGUAUACUAGUAUUUUAUUAUAUAUUUAAUCUGUUAGGUAUGUUUUCAGGUUCAGGAGCGUUUCAUGAUAAAGUGAUGUUUUUGGAGCAUUUUGGAGUACAAGAGAUAAUACAUCCGAGUUGACCAUUCAAAACCAAGUCGGAAGUCAACAUUGUGAUAAUAAUCGAUCGAUACUCAUCCAGAGUUGUCGAUCGAUGUAGCUGAGAAGAUCCGCAUACUAGAAGAUUAUAAUCGCUCGAUACACAUCUAGUGUUGUCGAUCGAUAUCGAGGACGAAAUGGUUUAGCCGACUACUUCACGAAGACUUCACCAAAUUACGAGAUUGCCCCUGACGAGUUUUUAACCUAAUGGAAAUGCUUAAAUAUUCCUACUAAGUGUUUUUGACGGCAAGCAAGCUUUGGACAAGUCUAAGAAGCAAAAGUCUUGAGAGGCAAAGCAGAGAGUGUGAGAGAGAGACUAGAGAGUUUUAUAUGUUUUGAGAGAUCGGAGAGAUUUGUGAACUCCAUUUGUUUUCUACUCCUUAUCUAUGCAAUUCUUUUAUCUAUCUA